GUCUUGGCUCCAAGAGGGGGUCUUCGACUUCCCGGAGUGGAUCGAAGCAGUCGACCGCCGGGAAGCAGUCCUUGCAGCGAGUCUCUUCGAAGCUCCGAAAAGGCUCCAAGGAAAAGAGUCUGGAGCCAGCGCUGCCCGGUGGCUGGACGACCACGACGGAGCGAAACAACUUUCUGCAGAAGGUGCGACGCGAUCUGGGCCACCGAGACAAUGAGAGGCUCGAAAGGCUGGAGGCGAUCAUGGAGGUGAGGCAGUUGGCACUGCAACGCCAGAAUUGCUGGCCUUUGUGGGAAGACGAGCAGGUCCGACGGGCGCUGUUGGAUGCGAUUCAGGCGCCUGACCCGGAGCGCGGUAAGAGCCUUUACGUCGACGAGGGGCCGCCGCCAAACCAUCCGACAAUCCGGACCGCCGCCUGUGGCGUGCUGGUUCAGCUGGCACUGGACGAUGCUGUGCAGUACGAAAUGGCAAGCGACACCCUCGUGCGUGAAAGCAUCGUCGAGGCUUUAGAACAACUUCCGCCACUUCCGCCUGUGGAUGAUGACACGGAGUCCUCGCCGAAAGCAAAAG